AUAAUAAGUGAUUUCUAGCUACAUUAGUAUUAUAUGGCCAUUCAAUUUUUGUGUGUCUUUAUUUGAGGAGAUUGAGCCACGGCAUUUCACGUUCUCUUCUUUGAUCUGUCUGAAUCCACUGUCUGAAAUCUCCACAGUCAACGCCAUCUUCGUUUCAAUGGCGAAGCUUAACCUCACUGACGUCGACCCAAACUCCGGCUUCUGCCCUUCGACCCGAACAUUCCAUAGCCUCCGCCCUGACUUCCCGGUUCCUCCUCCCUCUCAGCCUCUCUCCAUCACCGACUUCGUAUUCUCUCUCCUUCCUGCUGCCGCUUCAUCCACCACCGUCCUCGUGGACUCCGUCACCGGCCACCACCUGUCCUACUCCCUCUUCCUUCACCAAGUCAAAAACCUCGCUGCCUCUCUCGCUUCCCUCACACCUCUUUCCAAAGGCCACGUCGCCUUCAUUCUCUCCCCUUCCUCCCUCCACAUUCCCGUUCUCUAUUUCUCUCUCUUAUCUCUGGGAGUCAUCGUCUCACCCUCUAACCCGCUUUGCUCUGACUCGGAGGUGGCUCACCAGGUUCGACUCAGUCAACCCGUUAUCGCAUUCGCCACCUCUUCUACUGUCCACAAGAUACCCAAACUUCAAUACGGCACCGUAUUGCUUGACUCCCCUCAGUUCGUUUCCAUGAUGAUCAAUGGACUUCCUGGAAGUGAUAAUAACAGGGGAACCGACAGAGUUGAGGUGAGUCAAUCCGAUACGGCGGCGAUUCUCUACUCUUCGGGAACCACAGGCCGAGUCAAGGGAGCUUUGCUGACUCACAGGAAUUUUAUUUCAGUCAUCAGUGGCCUCUAUCACACGAGAAGCCAGAAUAUGAAUGACGAAGAACGUCGCGUGUAUUUGUUCCCAUUGCCUCUGUUUCACGUUUUUGGGUUUUUCAUGCUGCUUUCGUCCGUGGCAACGGGGGACACCAUGGUUUUGAUGCAGAGGUUCGAUUUCGAAGGGAUGCUGAAGGUUGUAGAGAGAUACAGAAUUACGAGCAUGCCGGUGUCGCCGCCACUUGUGGUAGCGCUGACUAAGUCGGAGUUGGUAAACAAGUACGACCUUAGCUCGCUUCGAAUUCUGGGGUGCGGCGGCGCUCCGCUUGGCAAGGAGGUGGCAGAAAACUUCAAAGUCAAAUUUCCUAACGCAGAAAUUGCCGAGGGCUAUGGUUUGACUGAGAGCUCAGGUUUGGCAACGAGAAUGAUAGGGCCUGAAGAGACUAAGCGUCACGGUUCAGUGGGUCGACUGGAAAAGAAUUUUGAAGCCAAAAUAGUGGAUCCUGUGUCUGGAGAAGCAUUGCCUCCUGGCAAGAAAGGAGAAUUAUGGCUGCGAAGUCCUACAAUUAUGAAAGGUUAUGUAGGAGAUGAGGAGGCGACGGCUGGGACAUUGGAUUCAGAAGGAUGGCUCAAGACUGGCGAUCUUUGUUACUUUGACUCUGACGGCUUCCUCUUUAUUGUCGACAGGUUAAAGGAACUCAUUAAAUACAAAGCAUACCAGGUUCCCCCAGCUGAGUUGGAACUUGUACUUCUCUCCAACCCUGAAAUUGCCGAUGCUGCUGUAAUUCCCUACCCAGAUGAAGAAGCUGGGCAGAUACCAAUGGCCUUUCUGGUAAGAAAGUCUGGAAGCAAUAUUAGUGCAUCUGAGGUCAUGGAUUUUGUGGCAAAGCAGGUGGCACCAUACAAGAAAAUAAGGCGGCUAUCAUUUGUGAACAGCAUUCCAAAGUCUGCAUCAGGCAAAAUAUUGAGAAGGGAACUAGUCUCUCAUGCUCUCACUGCUGCUUCCUCCAAAUUGUGAUUAGACCCAUGGCUAUGGGGACAAAUCAGUUCAUCCUAGGGGAACAUUGUACCGAAUACCGAAAGGCAGCAAGAUACUUAUAUUUUGCUAACAUGACUUUGUGCAUUGCAUAGGAUUCAAAAAAUAAGCUGGAUUGUUCAUUGUUUGCCAAUAGUAGUAGUGCAAGUUAUGGGAGAUUUUUUACUAUCUGUCGAUAUAACGUGAUAUUGUGAAAUUAGGUAAUCGUAGUGCAAAUUAGAUCAUAUGCAUUUAGAACGAGAGGUAUUAUAUAUAUUGAUGAUUGAUAAUUCUUAA